AUGUCGUCUCUUCUGAGGGAGGAGAUGCAGAGAGUUUUAUUUCGACCCACAAAGCAGAGAUUGGUGGAGUUUAUUGAGAUUGAAGAGCCGGGGCAUGGACGACAUUUUCUUUGUGUCUCAGUUGCAAAAAACAAACUGGUGCAGUUGAGUAUAGUGCGAUGUCAGAUAUCACAGCCCAACAAGUCUGGAUCCAAGAGGUCCCACACUAAACGCUCCAGCAUUCAGGACUGCUACAGGACGACUGAGGUCUGGUCUCUGCAAGACCUGUCUCUUGUUGACGGGCGGGACCCUGAUGUGGAUGACCCCUGUUUCCUGCUGCACUUUGACAAGGUGCGGGCAGUGACAGCCAUCAGCUGCUCAGCCAAAUAUGCUUUCGUGCGUGCCCUGGUGGCUGUCUGUGACCAGCAAUGUCAGAGGUCACUGAACCUGCGGAACUUUGAUUGGACCUACAUCAAGCCCACCUCCUUCUACUCCAACAGAGGGGACUGUGUUGUUCUGACACAGAUAUGCUUCUACGCAUUCAAUUUGGUGUGUCUCUCCAUGUGUCCUGUGCCCCUGGAUGCAUAAUAGAAUUAAACAAUAACUGUGUACCUGUGUGAGUGUGUAUGUAUGUGUGUAUCUAUGUUGGUGUAUGUGUGACAGUUAGAAAACUGAGGGAGAUUUACUGUAUAUAAGUUGAUAGUUAAUAUAAUUUGAUAAAUAUGUGGUUAUGGUGAAUGUUGGCUUACUGAUGCUUCUCCUACACAAAUAGGGCGUUUGUAUAUUAGUUGAUUACAAUGAUCUGUAUUAAUAUUCUGCUGAAUUUAUCUUUGUGGCUUUGUGCAGGUUUCAAACAGUUUUGUAUUUGUCAAACUGUAUAAUAUACUUUUACUUUUCUGCAAAGGUAUUAUAUUCUGUGUGCUAAUGUAAAAUAUGAAUUUAAAGUAGAAUUAGUUUCCUCUACUUUUCUCCAUCUUUAGCUAUUUUACCAUGCUUCAGAAAUUGUUUAGUGUGCAAUGAGUUAGGAAGAAUAUUUUAGUUGUGGCCUUUGUCCUCGAUUACAGUUAAUCUCCAGUGAUACCUCAUAAAUUAAAUUAGAGUCAUGUAGCAUUUUUUUUUCUUGGAAAUCUGGGGUUUGGCCACCUGAAGUAAAAGGUUUGCAUAUCUUGCGAGCUAAAUUCAGUACGUUUAAGGCAAAAUACAAGAAACGUUUUGUUAUUUGUAGCAAGUAAGUUUAAUUAAUACAAUUAACAAUCUAAGUGGAAUAAAUGCAAUAUAGAAAAAUGGGUAUACAGUACAUGAUAUUAUGAUUAAAGAAAAAAAAAACCUAUAAAGGAAGCUGCGUGAGUCUUAUCCAUUACUUGGUGAUGAUGUUUUUCUGUGACAUGGCCUUGUUUACAUGUGGUGAAAUAAGUAUUCACACCUUUUACUUAAAUUAAAGCACUGAUAUAACUGUAAAAAUG